AUGGCUCCCCUCCGAGUGCAGGUUGCAGCGUUGGCUGCAAUGGUGGCGGUACAGCUGAACGUCUCGGGCUCUCUUGCAAGUAAUGAGGCGGCACUUACUACUCCAGAAGGGAAUGGGAACGCUCUGACCGGCUUGGGGUUCCCAAGCCUCUUAGGUGGUGCUGGAUUUGGGGAGCUGGACAAGAUGCUGCACAGUUCGUUAGCAUCUCUCUUCCGCGGUUUCGGGGCCAUUGAUGGAAUGUUCCGCCCAGAUGCUUCUCCUCUUUCUCUCUCCUUUGUUGAGGGGGAUGAGAAGAGCUGCCAAAUUAGAAUCCGAGGAGGAAAUGUGGGAGGCCUUGCGAGUGGCAUGAAGCUGGGUCUGGACACUAAUCUGCGAAUGCUGCACGCCUCCGUCCAUCAGGAAGCGAGCCAGAAGAGCGAAAGUGGAGAGAAGAAGAUGAGUUUCCUGUCGCAGUCAGUUCAUGUUUCGAGCGCUCUGGGUCUUCCCGAGCGUUGCGUUGCGACGGCAGGCGCCUUGAUGUCGGGCUAUGGGGGCUACCUGUUGGAUGGUGAGGGAUCGGCUGGCCUGGUGGUUCUACCUUCACUCGCCUUGCUGAAGGAGAGCGUAGAAAAAGGGGAUUUGCCGGAGGGUGUUGUGGACGCCGUCAAGACUGGAGAUCAACACAAACUGCAGGAGCUCUCGGAGACGCAGCAGUGCCUUGUCGCCGGUUUCACAGCAGAGCAGUGCGUCCAGUUGGGGGGCAAGAAGCCAUCGGUGGCAUUUGUCCCCCCAUCUGAAGGUGCACAGUUGCCGGUCCCCCGCCUAGACGUCUCCCUGGACGUGUUGAGCUAA